UGUAUGAGAAUGUAUUAGAUGCAGAGCUAUGUGCAGUGCAAUUAAGUUACUUACUAAGUAACAAUACAAUGCUGACAGCUGAAUUUCUUGAUGCAGGCAUAAGACUCCCGAGAGGCAUUUUACAAGGAAACUUUGUAGACCUCGGAAACUACCAUCAGUGUCUAGCAAUCAGUGCAAACUUUGAGCCAUCCGACAUAGAGGGCAAGUAUUGUAUGAUAGAUCUUCCAAUUAUUCAAGAUGAGUUAAACUUGCCAGCUCUGCAAGAAAGGCCCGAGUUUCCGUGGCCAGAACUUUUCUCAAUCACAAGACCACACAGUGACAUGUUCAGAAAUCUACAAAAGGUACGAACAGAAGCAGCAAAGUACAGUCGUCUGACUGGACUUGAUGUAGAUUUAAUGAGGGUAUCAGAAGACAGCCCGCUGGCUAAUGAAGUCUUCAGACUGGCAGUAUGUCUUCCUAAAGUUUGCACACCUAGGCAGUUCAUCGACACUGUUUAUAUAAACACCACUAGCGUGGGUUUAAAACUCUCGGAAGAAUUUUGCAGACUGAGAAAUGAUAAACCGUUUGCACCCGUUGAUUAUGCUGCUAUCGGAGUUUUUUGCUUCAUAAUCCUUAUAACUGUUCUUUCGACACUCUACGAUCUAUAUUUUACCGCGAUAUGUAAGGAAGGUUCAAAAAAAGCCGAUAGUCUUGGAAAAUCGUUCUCUGUCUAUACGAAUACUCACCGUUUGCUCACAUUCAACUCUGGACAUGGAACUUUAGAGAGCCUGGAUGGAAUCAGAUCCUUAGCCAUGAUGUGGGUCAUCUUGGGCCACACGUAUUCUACGAAUAGGAGAGCGCACGUUUUUAAUCCUCUGGAAAUGUUCACGUGGAUGACUUCAUUAUCGGCAAUUUGGUUCGUGGCAGCUCCUAUCACAGUUGACACCUUCUUCUUGUUGAGUGGACUGCUGAUUGUGUAUACCUCUGUUGGGAAGAUCAGUCCGAUAAUGACUAUCACCAUGAAUUUUAUUUGCUCCGAGGGUCUGUUUAAAAAAAUCCAUUUAUUCUAUCUACACCGUUUAUUGAGAAUGUUUCCCAUUUUGGCAACCGCUGUGUUUCUUCAAGCGUCGUUAUUCAACCAUCUGUCUGACGGCCCGGAGUGGUACAUCAUAGUUGAUAAAGUAGAACGGUGUAGGACAUACUGGUGGUCUACCCUCUUUUAUGUGCAGAAUUAUUUAACGCAAACAUGGUGUAUUGGCCAUACUUGGUACCUCGCUGUCGACGUGCAGCUGCAUAUACUUUCACCACUAAUUUUGCUCUGGGUGCUCGGCAAAAGAAGAUCGGCAUGGAUUGCAUUAACCCUCGUCAUGUUGAUCGUCAUGGCGGUAACGACAACGUACAACUAUUUAAACAAGUUCCCGGCGGCAUCGUUUGUACCGACGAUAUCAGAAGAAGAUUCCAUCCACUAUUCUCGAUACUAUUAUAUAAACACUUUGACAAGAUGCUCGCCUUUCUUCGUUGGCAUGUUAUUUGGCUAUCUCCUUAAUAUUUUCAAAAGCAAAGAAGUUCACAUGGCUAGAUGGUUUGUAGCAUUAUGCUGGUCCUGCGCCUUUGUGGUUUCCGCUGGCAUUAUCUACUCCUCAUACCCCAUUCUUCAAAUGGAUUGGGACAGCCCCUUUUGGGACGGCAUCAUGAACUCCUUUGCCAGACCCGGAUGGGCUGUGUGUCUUGGCUGGAUGAUAUUUGCAUGUACACACGGUUAUGGAGGUCCUGUCAGCUGGUUGCUGUCGCUCCGUAUGUGGAAGCUACCAUCUCGGCUUUCCUACGCGAUGUACAUCUUCCACUAUCCCAUAAUGAUUAUCGUCAACACUACUUCUGUAUCGACGAGCUACUUCUCUGUUGAACGCUUUUUCUUCCGAUUCUUAGCUGACUUCGUGUCGACGUUUAUAAUCGCUUUCACAGUGACCGUUCUGAUAGAUUCUCCUUUCUCUACACUUAUAAAGCUGGCUAUAGGAAGAAGUAAGACUGAGACGGUGAAGACCAAACAAGAAAAUGAAGACGAAGAUAAACAGCAGAACUUAUAUAAUACUAGAUUGAACCUCCUCCUUUCACAUUUUGAAAUAGGUUUACAACAGCAACAGGACACACCACACACAGGAGGGAAUAUUAUAAAAAUGGCAAACGUGUUGGUUAUUGUUUUCAUCAGCAUGUGUUUACACUCAGCUAAAGCAUUCAUUGACUUUGAAGAACCUAAAAAUAAUGCGUUCGAUACUGAAUUAUAUAGAAAUGUGUUAGAUCCAGAAUUAUGUGAAGCACAACUAAGUUUCUUACAAAAUAAUGAUAGUACUCUACUGGCAGAAUUUCUUGAUGCUGGAAUAAGACCCCCACGAGGUAUAUUUAAAGGUAAUUUUGUGGAUUUCGGGAACUAUCAUCAGUGUAUAGAAAUCAGCGCUAAUUUUGAAACAUCAGAUAUACAAGGAAAAUAUUGUAUGAUCAAUGUUCCAAUGACGCAAGAAGAUUUUGAUCUGCCGACUCUACCCGAAUGGCCGGAGUGGCCAGAGGAAUGGCCAGAACGGCCAGAGGAAUGGCCAGAAUUUCCUUGGCCGGAGCUUUUGCCGAACACCAGACGACACAGGAAUAUGAUGAGAAGUCUUCGAGAAGUUCGGGCGGAGUCAGCCAAAUACAGUCAGUACACUGGAACAGACAUAGAUUUAAUAAAGGUUGCAGAAGACAGUGCCUUGGCUGGCGAAGCAUUUAGAUUAGCAGUAUGCCUUCCGAAAGCUUGUACUCCAAAACAGUUUAUAGAUAAAGUUCUAAUUAACACCACGGCUGUGGGUUUAGAGUUUACUGAAGAAUUCUGUCGCCUGAUAAAUGAUAAGCCAUUUGUACCUGGGGAUUAUGCUGCAAUGGGUGUUUUUGGCUUCAUUAUCCUAAUAACUAUACUCUGCACGGGCUACGAUCUAUAUUAUACUCAUAUACUUAAAGGAGAUCCUAAAAAAGCGAGUGUUCUUGGGAAAUCCUUCUCAGUGUACACGAACACUCGACGCUUGCUCACAUUCAACUCUGUGCCCGGUGCUUUGGAAUGCGUGGACGGCAUCAGAUCCCUCGCCAUGAUGUGGGUCAUAGUGGGCCAUUCGUAUUCUACGCAUUUAUAUGCGCCCUUCGUUAACCGAACAGAUUUCUUUCAGUGGAUGACCUCAUUUUCUGCUAUUUGGAUUAUGGCGGCGCCAAUUACAGUGGAUACAUUCUUCAUGCUGAGUGGACUGCUAAUUGUGUAUACUACUGUCGGAAAAAUGAGUAGCAUGGGCCUAAUCAGAAACAUCCACUUAUACUACCUCCAUCGGCUCUUACGAAUGUUUCCGGUAUUGGCUGCCGGCGUUUUCCUCCAAGCGACGUUAUUUAACCACUUGUCUGACGGACCACGAUGGAAUGACGUCAUUGCUCAUAAAGUACACAAGUGCAGGCAAUAUUGGUGGGCUACUUUGAUCCAUGGCCAGAAUUUAAUCAUUCCUGAUCAUAUGUGUGUCGGCCCAACUUGGUACCUCGCCGUUGAUAUCCAGAUGCAUAUAAUUUCACCUCUUGUAUUGUUUUGGGUGCUUGGAAAAAGAAGAGCCGCUUGGACUGCCUUAAGUCUCGCCAUGCUAAUCGUGUUGGCGGCGUCUACAACGUUCAAUUAUUUAAACGAGUUCCAGCCAGCACCUCUAAUACCAGCACGUGCUGCUGUGGACCCUGAAGCGUCAUCUCGCUAUAUGUUGUACUAUUAUGUGAACACAUUAACAAGAUGCUCUCCUUUUUUUGUCGGAAUGCUGUAUGGCUAUCUUCUCGCUGUUCUUAAAGGCAAAAAAGUUCACUUGCCUAAGUUGUUCGUGGCAUUAGGAUGGACCUGCGCCUUUGCAGUAUCGGCUGGUAUCAUUUACUCCGCAUACCCUAUUCUCCAGAUGGACUGGUACAGUCCCUUCUUGGACGGCGUUAUCAACUCCUUCUCCAGACCAGGGUGGGCAGCAUGCCUCGGUUGGAUGAUAUUUGCAUGCACUCAUGGUUACGGAGGGCCAAUCAACUGGUUCCUGUCAUUGCAUAUGUGGAAGUUGCCGGCUCGGAUCUCCUUCGCGAUGUACAUCUUCCACUACCCAAUCAUGCAUGUCGUCAACGCUACAUCGGUGUCUCCGGCUCACUUUACACCUGCUCGCUACUUUUUCAGAUUCCUGGGUGACUUCUCUUCAGCACUGAUUAUUGGGUUUAUAGUAACCGUGUUGAUCGAUUCACCCUUCUCUACGCUCAUCAAACUUGCAAUGGGUGGAGGCCCGAAGAAACCUAGGCCAGAAAAAAUAGAGGCUAAGGAAGAAAAUGGAGUAAACGGAGGUGUUACAGCAAUCAACCCGGCAAUGUCACAAGAGUACGACAGAUACCUUAGCAAGACUAAACUAUGAGACAUUUCUCUCAUAAAUUAAACACAGA